AUGGGACGCCGCCGCGCCGCAGAGGCCGUGCCGGAGCGGCAGCUGCUCUUCGACAACGACAGCUUCCUGAGCGGCAGCUCAGCCAUGUACAUGGACGGGCUUUACCAGCAGUGGAAGAAGGAUCCGGCUUCGGUCGACGCGUCGUGGGCGGAGCUCUUCUCUCGCAGCGACCUCGGCAACUACAACCACGCGCUGCUCGACACACCGAUUUGCGUGCUGCCGGCGAAGAGCAGCGACGAGGCGGUAGUGAAGCAGUCACUGGCUGAUUGUGGUCGCCUCAUUCGGAUGAUCCAUACCUUCGAGGACCGUGGUCAUCUGAUGGCGCAGACGGAUCCGCUGAACUACGUGGACACUGACGUCACCGAGCGCACGCCGUCGCGUCGGUACAAGGAGAUGGUGCGGCUCGACCUCGCGUACUUUGGCUUUAGCGAUAAGGACCUUGACCGCGUGGUGCGUGUCGGCUUUCAGAAUCAGAUGGGCGGCAUCUAUGACACCUCCUCACCCCAGUUGACGAUACGUCAGCUGCACGAGCUGCUGACGGAGCGCUACUGCGGUCGGAUCGGCUUUGAGCUGGUGCACCUCACCGACGGCGACGCCAAGCGCUUCGUUCGCAGCCAAAUCGAGCUCAAAGACGGCUGCAGCGCACUGCACCGCCCGAUGAGCAGAGAGGAGAGGCUCCGGAUCUGGGACACGGUUGCCUCAGCCGUGUUCUUCGAGGACUUCUUCAAGCGCAAAUAUUCGACUCAGAAGCGCUUCGGCUGUGACGGGGCGGAGAGCAUGGUGGCCGGCCUCCGCGCCUUGCUGGAGAAGUCGUCUGAGCUUGGCGUACAGGCGAUUAACCUUGGUAUGGCCCAUCGCGGUCGCCUGAACGUGCUGUGCCAUGUUAUCGGCAAGCCCUUCGAGGUCAUCCUGAAGGAGUUCGUGGGUGUAACGGGGCAGGAGCUGCACCCGUUCCAAAUCCAGUCCGAUGUGAAGUACCACCUCGGCUACCGUGGGCAGCUGAAGCUGAAUUCGGGCAAGGUGAUGGAGACGGAGAUGCUGUUCAACCCGUCUCACCUCGAGGCUGUCAACCCUUUCGUGCAGGGCUACACGCGGGCGAUGCAGGUGUCCUUGGGUGAGAAGGGCCGCGAGAAGGUGCUGCCGAUCGAAAUCCACGGCGAUGCGGCCUUUGCCGGCCAAGGCGUUGCCUUUGAGACAAUGUGCAUUAGCGAAGUUGGCGAACAGGACACGGGCGGCACCGUGCAUGUGGUGUGCAACAACCAGAUCGGCUUCACCACGGACCCAAAGUCGAGCCGCAGCAGCGCGUACUGCAGCGACCUCGGCCGCGUCUACAACUGCCCGAUUCUCCACGUCAACGGCGACUACCCCGAAGAGGUGAUCCGUGUGUUCGAGUUUGCGGCCGAGUACCGGGCACGAUUCCACAAGUCCGUCGUCAUUGACCUCGUGUGCUACCGCCGCUUCGGCCACAAUGAGAACGACGACCCGAGCAUCACCCAACCACUCAUGUACGAGCGCGUGCGUGCCAUGCCGGAUGUGUUCCGGCGGUACACGGACGCCCUCAUCACCCAGGGCAUCUUGACGCCGCAGCAGUCGACGCAGAAGGCGAUUGACGAGAAGGCGCGCUACGGCAGCUACCAGGAGGCCGCCGCGCAGGUGAACUACGCCGAGUAUCUGAAGAAGAGCAUCCCCGACAAGUGGAAGUGCAUGAAAUACUCCGACGAGCUCGGCAAUGUGACGCAGCACCCGACCGCCAUCACGCAGGAGACCGUUGACAAGGUCUUGAAGGCUCUCAAGACGUACCCGGAGGGCUUCCAGUUGCACCCAAAGCUGAAGGCGGUGCUGGACCGCCGGAACGAGACUAUCGAGACUGGCGAGGGCAUCGAGUGGGGCACAGCGGAGGCGCUGGCGUUUGGGUCGCUGCUGCUGGAGGGACAUCAGGUGCGUGUCACCGGCGAGGAUGUCGAGCGCGGCACGUUUGCGCAGCGCCACGCCGUUAUCCACGACCAGAGUCAGGAGCGCACCUAUGUCCCGCUGGCGCACAUCAGCGACACGCAGGGGAGGAUGAUCAUCAACAACAGCCCGCUUAGCGAGUACGGCAUGCUCGGCUACGCCGCCGGCUACUCACUCUACGACCCCACCUCGCUGGUCAUCUGGGAGGCUCAGUACGGCGACUUCGCCAACGGCGCCACCAUCGUGUUCGACCAGUUUCUGAGCGCUGGCGAGUCCAAGUGGAACCAGCAGCAGUCGUGCAUCGUGACGCUGCCGCACGGGUACGAUGGAAAGGGCGCCGAGCACAGCAGCGGACGCCUCGAGCGUUUCCUGCAGAUGAGCAGCGAGGAUGUGACGACGCCGGCCUACAGCAAGGAGGAGCGGGCCCACCGCAUCAACUGGGAGAUCACGUACCCGAGCACGCCGGCCCAGUACUUCCACCUGCUGCGCCGCCACCAGAAGCGCAACUUCCGCAAGGCGCUGGUCAUCUUCUUCUCCAAGAAGUACCUGCGCGCGCCGAACGUGUCGACGCUGGAGGAGCUUACGAGCGGCGAGUUUCAGCCGGUCAUCCCAGACCUAUCCGUUCCGGCCAGCCAGGCGCGCCGCCUCGUGAUGUGCACUGGCCAAAUCUACCACUACCUCAACAAGUAUCGGGAGACGAAGGGCGUGAAGGAUGUGGCGCUCGUGCGUGUGGAGGAGCUCUCGCCGUUCCCGGUGGCGGAGGUGCAGCAGCUGCUUGCCGAGUAUGAAAAGGCGGAGCUCAUGUGGGCGCAGGAGGAGCCGAAAAACAUGGGAUCCUGGGCCCACGUCGAGCCGCGCAUUGAGGAUUACACGAAGGGCGAGCGGGAGCUGCGCUACGCCGGCCGCAGCAUUACAGCGGCCCCGUCGACCGGGUACAAGAGCAAGCACGAGAAAGAGCAGGAGAUCAUCUGCGAGAUGGUCUUCCACUGA